AUGACAGACCCAGCAAGCACGCCGCCGCCGUCAUUGCAGGUCCCCUCAGGCCGGAAGGGCACCAAGAAAGUUCGGACUGGUUGUGUGACCUGCAAGAUCCGCAAAGUCAAGUGUGACGAGACCAAGCCCGCAUGUCUUCGAUGCACCAAGACAGGCAGGAAAUGUGACGGAUACCUACCAUCUUCCAGCAACUCGCGCUUGAGCCCGGCAAUCUCAGCCUUCGCCGACUGGGCCGGCGGCUCCAGAGAACAGCGCGCCUUUGACUUCUACCGCAACUUCUCCGCCCCAUCCAUCUUUAGCGACGGAGUUGCCUCAACUCUGUGGAAGAAAUUGGUACCGCACUUUUGUCAUGCCGAGCCCGCCAUUCGGCAUGCCGUUCUUGCCAUUAGCAGUCUCCAUGAAACACUCGCGCUGCCUUCAAAUUCGGAUGCGAAUAGCGAAGAAGCAAACGGCCCCCGCGUGCUGACCAACACCUUCGCAGCGGAACAAUACGGCAAGGCCCUGAAGUGUCUUCAGGAAUGGAAACCAACAGCCUCAUCGCCGGCCACCGUCCCGCUGUUAGCAUGCCUGCUAUUCAUAUGCAUCGAAUUCAUGCUUGGCGACGAGGGCGCAUCCCAGGUGCACAUCAACCAAGGCCGCACAAUUCUCUCACAGCUUGAGCCCUCUGCCGAUGUGGAUAUGAUUAAGAAGCAUUUCGUGCCCAUUUAUAGCCGACUUGGCCUCGCAUCUUUUCUGUUUGGGAGCUUCCCCGCCGCCAUACCCGCCACCCUCCAAUCGAGCCCGGCCACAAAUCUCUAUUUUGCAUCCGUGGACGAGGCCGAAGUUUCACUAUACGAACUCAUCGAUGACGGCUUGAGAUUCACGACACAAGCGAAGAGGGCCGUAUACUCCUGCCAGCCAAACGAUCCGACACUGCUGGAUUUGGCCCACGAACAAGACGACUUUCUCGCCCGGCUAUCACGAUGGCACAUUGCGUUUGUCAUAGUCUCGGCCACCGGUACCGACGACAACCUGAGUAAACGAAAGUUGUGCAUGGUGUAUUAUCAUGCAGCCAGGAUUGCAAUCAGUACGGCCAUGGAUCCCAAGGAGAUUGCUUUUGAUAUGCACACCACGGCCUUUGCGUCCAUUGUUAGCAACUCUGCGGAGUUUGUUCAAGCCACACGCAAGGCGGUCCGCGACCCUUCCGAGGCCGCCCGGUCGAUGCCCAAAUUCGUUUUCGACACCGAGGUCAUACCGCCGCUCUACUAUGUUAGCAUCAAAUGUCGGCACCCGAUGCUGCGGCGAGCUGCCAUAAACCUACUCAAGCAAGACACCGUGACAAAUCGAAGGGAGAACCUAUGGGAUUCCCAGAUGCUGGCUGAGAUUGGCAAGCGCUGCACAAACAUUGAAGAAGAGGCGGCUCGUUACCGUGAGGAAGCGUUUGACAUCACAGCUGGGUGGGAUACGGCGUCUUGGGAGGGGUCUGAUGGGGUGCCAACCGGCCUCUUCCCGGCGGAGAUGGAAUCCGGGAUGGAGUGCGACUAUCCUGUGCCUCGAUUCCAAUAUCCUGGACUUCCCAAAGUCAUAAAUUCCCAACAGAAUGAGGAGUAUGAGAGAAAAAGGAUUCUCGUCAACGAUCUGAUGCUGGACAACGACUUAACGCCCGAGUCCGCUUCGACGGGUUCAACGCCAUCUUCCGGUAGCAUUGGUAAUUUUGGCGCCUAUCAGCUCGAGCCGCCCUUUGGCCUCCCUGAGCAUGCGAGGAUCAAGAAUGCGUUGAUCGACAAUGAGCAGAGACGAGGCAGCUGGGUGACGAUAUUCAUGGACCCGGAAGAGGCUGGUGCUGCGAAUUGGAAAGUUACUAAAGAGUUCAUCUCAAGAUGA